AUGCCCCUGGGCAGCAAUCGUUCUGCUGAGGCUCUUUGUCUGCUUGGUUGUUUGCUUCUGUCGGCCAGAUCGGAACGGUCCGGGAUUACAGGAGCUGACCUGGAGUUGGCUGCACUGACUACGCAGGUUGUGGAGGAAAGAAUUCUUCCCACUACCUAUCAAGGCACCUGCGGUGGAGAUGACAUCAUCAGUCUCAUGCGUGUGCAGGAGUCGGCAGUCAUGCCCUGGCAAAAGAUCUUCAGUGUUGCCGACAUCUACAUCAAGGCCCAAUCCACGGAGAUACAGCACCUCGAAGCCGAGCUGGCAAGUGCUGAUGCCGAGAUUAAAGCUGCCGGUGACCAGAAGGCUGCCACUGUCGUCAACGACACAGAAAUUCGGAGUCUUAUCAUCCAGGGCCUGACGCAGCAAUACGGUGCGGCGAAAAGCUUCGGGUCCGUGGAGGCGGCCAUGGACGUAAAGUGCGGUGCCGACUUGCAGAAACUGGUUGAGUUCCAUCAUCUCAGUGAUGAGUUCCGGCGCGAUGACGACCUCUUUCUUGACUACUUUGAUGUGGCAGUGGAUCGUUUCCAGACCCGUGUGGCCGAGUACUCUCAAGCAGAGGCUGUCAUCGCACCUGGGUCGGUCCUGAGGACUUGCCUUCAGCUGCUGAACAGUACACUCCGUGAUGAUACAAGCGACUGUGAUGAGCUUUGCACACAACUCGAGAUGGCGGUGCAUCGGAUUUCUCUGCCAGGGCUCACCCGUGAAGUCAACCUCGAGUCUGCGCGUAUGAAGCGAGAGCGUACUUGGCUGGCGCUGUCUGCCAAGCAGUCCAAGCUGUUGGAUUGCAUGGCGCGACGGACGGAGCUGGCUGCUGCCAAAGACCAGCUGGAAAGCCUGGACUCCGCGGCCUUUGCCGCGUGGAAAAUGGAGAAGACCUUCAAAAGGCGGGUCUUUCGCGUAACACGCGUCUUGGCGAGCCACAGGGCAGAGCUCAAGCAGCAGUACCAGCUCUUGGACAAGCUCCUGCGCGCUCUCGAGCAGAUGAACGUCAAGGUGACGCCAGGGCACAUGACGUCAGAUCUGGCGGAGAAGACGGAUUCCAUCCUUGCCUCGAGUAUCGCUUCAUUCCACGACAAAUUGGCCCAGAUCGAGAAAACGGUGGCCCUGACCACUUUUGCAAACCAGCUCCAGGCCAAGCUGAUACUUUUGCUGCUCCAGCUCCGCAAUUUCUUUGACACUGCAGUUCGGGUGCCUCUGAAAGAGGUCGGUGUCACACAGCAGUCGAGUUAUGGAAAUGCUGGGCUUGGAAAGUUCCCUCGGCUUCGCGUGGAGACCGUCACUCAGAGCUUCGAGGGCUUCCGGAAGUUCUGCGACGAGGAGAGGCGGAAAUGGGAAGAAGCAAGUGUUGCGAAGGAAUCGGUUGCCCUGCAAACACAGCUGUGCAGCAUGGACGACAUCGGGAGCUCGAUACAGGACAUUGUCAGCGUCGUCAACCGCACGCAGAGUGUGGUGCGCUACCGGCUCAUGCAAGUCCAGGGCGAGCUGGAGGAAGGUCCGACCUUGCUUGGGGAGCCGCAAGGCCUUUCAGAGGUAAUGCGGCUGUUCAGCACCACACAGUUUGCCAAAAGCUAUUUGUCGCAGUGGCAGCUUUCUGGAAAUCUUACACGGAUCCUCUCGUCUUUGAAGGCUUCCAACAGUCAGCUCGAGAGCCAGGUCCGCGAGGAGUCUGAGCACCUCAGCCAGCUGAAGAAGCAGCUGUUGGAGAGCCAGCAGAAGAGGCUGGAGUUCAUUAACCGGCUGGAAGAAGCCAUUCAGGGACAGGCCUUGAACUUGGCGACCUCGGGGGAUCGUCUCCAGGAGCUUCAGAACAUCAAGAGGGAGGAAGGUUUGCUCGAGGCACAGAUGGAGUCGUUGGCCGCGCUAGACGCCGAGACAGCUCAGGAGAGCCAGUCCCUGAACCGAAUGCUCCUGGGAUCCUCCAUGGCCACCUCCUUCGUUCAGGAUGGGCCGAAAGCCCCAGAGUUGUCCAAAAUUUCCGCCCACCGUGCAUUCUGA